CUCGCACAGCAGCACAUGGCGGCCCUGCGCACCCUCCUGCUCCUCGGGCUGCUCCUCACGGCGAGGGGGCAGAGGGCGGCGCGGAGACGGCGGCCGCCCCCUCCCCAGAGUGCGCUCGAAAAAGUGGCGGCUCAGGAGGCGCUCAGCCUCCACCAGCUCUCAGGGAAGUGGUUCCUGGUCGGCAUGGCCUCUCGCUGCAGCUACCUGGCAGAGCACAGCCACCAGCUGGAGGCCACGACAGUGACAAUGACCAUCCUGGAUGGGCAGAGCCUGGCCAUCAGCACCUUCAGGAAGCUGGACAGGAUGUGCUGGGAAAUCAGGCAGCACUACCUUCCCGCCCAGGCCCCCGGACGCUUCCUGCUGAAGGGCCAUAGGAAAAGCAGCAAAGUGGAUGUGGUGGUGGGUGAGGCUGACCCCAGCAGCUUCAUCAUUCUCUAUUACCAGAAGGGCCGCAGCAUCUCUGUUAAGCUCUAUGGACGGAGCAGCCGCGUCAGCGACGCCGUCGUGGACAAGUUCGAGCAGCGCGCCAGGGCCGUGGGGCUGAGCCAGGAUGUCACCUACUACUUCCCCACCUAUGGAUUUUGUGACUCUGCAGAUGAGUUUCACGUCCUCGAUGGUGAGUUGGGGAUGCUGGGUGAUGCGCUGGGUGCCCCCAUGUGCCAGGCUUGGUCCCUCACUGGGCACCAGCUGGGUGUCCCUGUCCUGACAUGCUCCAGCUUUGCCACCCAGGUCCUUGGGCUGGCUCCCAGCUUUGCCACCCCCAGGACAGCCGAACACCACCCGGAUAUCCAUCGGGUGCUGGGCAGGGAGCUGGGGGUACCUGGCAGCAGAGGGGGCUUUGUGUUCCUGUGCCAGUGCCAAUGA